AUGGAGUCUACCGUUUUGAAUGGAAGAAUGGCCCGAUGUCAAAUUCUGAUUUCUGAAUUUGAUAUGGUCUAUGUGAACCAGAAAGCGGUGAAAGGGAGUGCAAUAGCAGACUUUUUGGCCAGUAGAGCUCUGGAAAAUUAUGAGCCACUAAACUUCGACUUCCCGAAUGAGGAUCUGAUGUAUGUUGCAAUAGCAAAAAAAGACUCCCGAGAAGGCCACCCUUGGAAACUAAAUUUUGACGAAGUCUCAAAUGCUAUGGACAACGAAAUCAGGGCAGUUCUGGUAUCUCCAGACGGCGAUCAUUAUCUGUUCACUAGUAAAUUUAAUUUUGAUUGCACAAAUAUCAUGGCAGAGUACGAAGCAUGCAUCAUAGGUAUCUGUGCGGCCAUUGAACGUAAAAUCAAGGUGCUAGAGGUAUAUGGGGAUUCUACAUUAGUAAUUUAUCAGCUCAAAGGCGAAUGGGAGACAAGAGACCCCAUGUUAAUUAAUUAUCGCGAGCUGGUUCUUAAAUUAAUGGAGGAGUUUGAUGACAUCACCUUCUAUUAUCUCCCGCGAUAUGAAAACCAGAUGGUCGACGCAUUGGCUGCAUUGGCUUAUAUGAUCAAAGUAAAUAAACAAGAGGAUAUGAAGCAUAUCCAAAUGACCAUUUACGAGGCUUCAGCCCAUUAUUACAACAUUGACGAAGAAGAAGAAAAAGAUAAUCACCCCUGGUACCACGAUAUACUACGAUAUGUAAAGAAUCACGAGUAUCCAGACCAAGCAACUAAGAAUGGUAAGAGGACAUUGAGAAGGUUGGCCAGUGGCUAUGUCCUAGAUGGAGAGAUCUUAUACAAAAGUGGAAGGGAUCAGGUGCUGCUAAGAUGCGUAGACGCUGUUUGGGCAAAACAAAUCUUGGAAGAGGUCCAUAAUGGUGUUUGUGGAAAGCAUGCUAAUGGUUUCACAAUGGCCAGGCAAAUCAUGAGAUUCAGAUAUUAUUGGUCCACCGUGGAAGGAGACUACAUCAAGUAUGCCAAGAAAUGCCAUAAGUGUGAAAUUUACAGGACAAGAUUCACGUGCCUCAUUCGCCUCUCCAUGUCAUGA